GCAGGGCCAAACCAGCUGUUUACUAACCAGAACAAUGUAAUAACAAAAACCCACAAAAGCAAAACGCAACGUAAGCAGCGUCGCAGCCACGCAUUUAAAUUCUUGUUUGUUAACAGCAUCGCAUUAUCAGUUGCGCGAAAUGCAUAGAAUCGCAAGCGACGCCAUUGCAUACACAACAAAGCAACGGCAAUAAUUCAAAGGAGACGCCCACAACAAUGGUUCUUCGCUGUUUUGAGUGCUGCAGUCGCACAGGCUAUGACAGCAUUGGCAACACAGGACCACGUUUCGGAGUGCGUCAUCUGCAAUGUAUUUUAGUAUUCUUUGGCCUUGCUGUGGCUUAUGGAAUGCGCGUCAAUUUGUCGGUGGCCAUUGUGGCCAUGACGGACAAGAAUGCGACAAAUCCGGAUUUUCCCGAAUUCGAUUGGGAUGAGAGCAUCAAGUCGUAUCUGCUGAGCAGCUUCUUUUGGGGCUAUGUGGUGACACAGGUGCCAGGUGGCUAUCUAUCGUCCAUAUUCGGAGCGAAAUAUAUGCUCUUCUUUGGAGUGUCCUUUUGCUCCUUAUUGGCACUGCUGACGCCCUACUUUGCGCUCAAUGGUGGCUGGAAAAUGGUUAUACUGCUGCGCGCCAUUCAGGGUCUCUGCCAGGGCGUCAUCUUUCCCUCUACACAUACAUUCCUCUCGAAAUGGGCGCCGGCCGAUGAGCGCGGACGCCUUGUCGGCUAUUGCUAUUCGGGCUCACAGUUUGGCACCGUGGUCAUGCUCUCCGUGAGUGGAUAUAUUGCGUCCUCAUCGCUGGGCUGGCCGAGCAUAUUUUACAUAUCCGGCGGUGCGGGCAUCCUGUGGGCCCUGAUCUGGUUAUAUUUCUGCGCCAGCACGCCAGCACAGCAUGCUACAAUUACGCCCAAUGAACGACGAUACAUUGAGACCUCGGGCCAGCUGCGACGCGCUUCGGAUGCGGGUCGUGAGGAGUUUGAACCACGUCAGAACCUACGCACUCCUUGGUUGAGCAUUUUAACUUCGCUACCAUUCCUAUCCUUGCUUGUGGCCCACUGUGCCAACAACUGGGGAUUCUGGACGCUGCUCACUCAGAUUCCGACGUUUAUGAAGAACGUGCUGGGCAUGGACAUCAAGAACAAUGGACCGCUCUCGGCGUUGCCGUACUUUGUCAUGAUCAUACUCACCUGCGGCUUCAUCUGGUUGUCGGAUGUGCUGAAGCGACGCGGCAGUACAAUGUCCCUAGGUUUUUCGCGCAAGCUCUUCAACUCGCUAGGCAUGUGGCUGCCCAUGUUGGCACUGCUUGGGCUGGGUUUCAUCACAAAAGGAGCGGGCAACGUGAGGCUGGCAAUUGUACUGCUCUGCUUGGCGGUGGCAACCAAUUCCGCUUGCUAUUUGGGCUUCCAUGUGAAUCACAUCGACCUGUCACCCAAUUUCGCUGGCACUUUGAUGGGCAUCACAAACUGUGCAGCGAAUGUGAUGAGUAUUUUAGCGCCGUUGAUCGUUGGACUGAUAGUCAGGGAUGAGACAAAUCCUUCGCAGUGGCGCAUUGUUUUCUACAUCACCUCGUUUGCCUACUUUUUCGGCAACUUGGUAUUCAUCGUCUUUGGACGCUUCAAUGUACAGUCCUGGAAUAGCCCGGGUGCACAGCAAGAGCGCACGCCUAGGGAUGCGACUGGGCAUGUGGAUGUGGAUGGGGAUGAGGAAGCUGAACGGGCGCCUCUAAUUGAUUCCUAAAUAAUCGAAUUUACCAUAUUUGGAGUGAGCGCAUGAAACUGAUGUACCUUAUUGUUGGGUAUUAUAUGGAAUUGAUCGUCGCUAUUUUAUGUUAUACUACAAUAUAGAAACUAUUACAAUUACUAAUUAUACACGACAAAUUAUUAUACACUUAUUGAAUAAAUAUGAAACGCUUUUUAUGUGCUUAUCGAGAAA